GGUUAAACAAAACAGUAGGACUUUUAGUUUAAGAGCCUCCAGAUCCACACAGCAGUCAUGAUCAAGCAAAUCUUCCUCCUCUGCUCCUUGGCCAGUGUUUUUGCCGAUUCUGAAAAAUACGGUGGUUGCAAUGGCUACGGAUGUGCCGUUGGUGUUAACCAGUACGGCCCAGGGGGUGCAUCCAGAAACUUUUUUUCCUCUGGAGGAUUUGGUGGACAGCAAGUAUUGGGUGGACUUGAACAUCAACUGCUCGGUGGAUCUUUAGGAGGUCUAGGACCCAUUGCUGCCGGUCCAGGGGGCGCUGCUGCUUCAAGUGCUGCUGCUACCGGUGGACCCUUUGGAGGUUCUGCUGCAUCAUCAUCAGCAGCUAGUGGAGCACCAGGUUUUAGCUUUGGAGGACCCGUUGGUUUUGGAAACAAUGGUUUCAAUGGUUUCAAUAGCUUUGACGAUGGCAACUUUGGCUUGAAUAAUUUUGGAUUGAAUUCCGCCGGGCCCGGGGCUGCUGCCUCAUCAAGUGCCGCUGCUGCCGGUGGACCUUUUGGUGGAGCUGCUUCCUCCUCAGCCGCUGCAUCAGGUGCUCCUGGUUUCGGUAACAACGUCGGUUUCCCAGGUCUUCAAGGAUUCCAAGGUGAUCUCCAAGGAUUCCAAGGUGGCCUUCAAGGAUUUCAAGGUGGUCUCCAAGGAUUCCAAGGUGGUCUCCAAGGAUUCCAAGGUGGCCUUCAAGGAUUUCAAGGCGGUCUCCAAGGAUUCCAAGGUGGUUUCCAGGGAGUACAAGGGUUCCAGGGAUUCCCAGGCGUCCCAUCCUUUGGAUUUCCAGGGAGUGCUGCAGCCGGAGCCGCGGCUUCUAGUGACGACGGAUCAGCCUCCGCAUCCUCUGCUGCCUCUACUGGUGCCCAAGCCUCCGUUUCUGGUUCAAAUUUCCCAGGUAUUGGACGACCUUAUCCAUUCCCCGGAAGUGUACUUCCUACCUAUCCCGUUGUACCGCAAGUUUACCCAGGAGUCCCAACCUACCCACUUCCAGGCGUAUCCACUUACCCAGUCCCAGGGGCGCCCGUAACAUCUUAUCCAUUUCCCUCGCGUAGACCAUUCAGACCGAUUGGAAGGAAGGUAUAUUGAGAAAAUUUGUCCAGAAAUACUCAAUCCAGGAAUACUUUGAUACCCUCUCAUAUUGUUGUUGUUGUGUAUCUGUUUUAAAGCAAUCAAAUUAUUAAAUAAAUAAUACUUGAA